AUGGACAUUGCCGAAGAGGAGCUGGACAAUGUGGGCACGACGUACCGAGACAGCGGCGCCUCCGCCUCCACUGUCGACGAGCUGCACAACUCUCGCAUUGUGCCCUCCUUUGUUCUCAACCGCUACCACCCUCUGUCGGAGGUGUACAAGUUCCUCGAUGACGUGGAGUCGCGCACGCCAGGCGUCACCGUCUUCACCAUUGGCCACACGCACGAGAACCGGCCGAUCAAAGCGAUUGAGGUGCUGAACCGACCGUCCGACCCGCGUUUCGUCUGGAUCGACGCCUGCACGCACGCCCGCGAAUGGGUCACCGUGACCACCUCGCUGUACGUCCUGGAGCAGACCAUCCUCCAGAAGAUUCCCCUCAAUUUCAUCAUCGUCCCCGUGCUGAACGUCGACGGGUACGUGUACACGUGGACGAAGGACAGGAUGUGGCGGAAGAACCGCCGACCGUACGAGGCGAGUCGCCUCUCCGCGCACGCAAUGCCCGACCGGUGCACGGGCGUCGAUCUCAACCGCAACUACGACAUCAACUUUGGCGGCGAGGGCUCCAGCGGCAACGCCUGCUCUUACCUCUACCAGGGCCCCUUUCCCUUCUCCGAGCCGGAGGUGAAGGCGGCGGCGGAGCUGCUGGCGAAGAACCGCCACCGCAUCAAGAUGACCCUCUCACUGCACAGCUUCAACCAGCUGUGGGCCAGUCCGAAUGCCUUCACCACGGCGAGGACCGCUGACCACGCCCACCACAUGAGAGUGCUGAACGCAGUGGGCAAGGCGGUGCAGGCUACCAAUGGCGUCAAGUACGACGUCGGACCGUUAGGAGCCAGCCUCUACCUGGGCUCCGGCUUCAUGAUGGACUGGAUCUACCACAAACUGGGCAUAAGGGACGCCUACCUGGUGGAGCUGCGUGAUAAGGGCUUCCAUGGGUUUAUCCUCCCAGCAGAGCAGAUCUGGCCAACGGCCACGGAGACCUGGGCUGGUUUGCGAGCGGCAAUGAAGGCCAUCUUUGGCGUUUAA